UGGAUGAGUAUUUUCCUCCAGGACUUGCUAAACAAAGAUUAUUGGUAACCUUGGUUAAAUGACGAGUGAAAGGUAAAUACACCUUGGAAGGGGCGGCGGCGCGCGGCGGGGGGCGGUUAGGGUGCGCGCCGGCCGGAGCGGCCGCCCCCAUGGCCGCCGUGCAGCAGACGGGGAAGGCGCUCCAGGGCCACGAGUGCAGCCUGCAGGUGUCGGAGGACGAGCUGGUGUCCACGCUGAAACAUCUAGUGUCCGGGAAGCUGAACGUCCCCGAGCGCCAGCAGCGGCUGCUGUUCAAGGGCAAGGCUCUGGCAGACGGGAAAAGACUCUCCGAUUAUAGCAUUGGGCCCAAUUCCAGGCUCAACCUAGUGGUCAGACCUCUGGAGAAGGUGUUACUGGAAGAAAGUACCGCCUGGAGACUGGCCGAAGCCCUGCCCCCAACCCCGGCCGCCUGGCAGCUCAUCUCCAAAGUCUUGGCCCGCCACUUCAGUGCUGCAGAUGCCAGCAGAGUCCUGGACCAACUACAGAGGGGUUAGGAGACGUCCCUGAGCCACCUGACGCUGGAUGACAUCCAACGCUUGGCUGGCCGCUUUCUACACCCUGAAGUGAAAGCAGCUAUGGAGAAGGGGUUCUCCAAGUCGGAUUCCCAGAGUGUGGGGAGGCGCCUGGCCAGGCCACAAGCUGCAUGUAGCAUUAAAUGUGUUCUCAUGUUGCAAAAAAACAACAAAAUACACACACACACACACACACACACACACCUUGGAAGUUAGAAAUAGUCAACUGCUCCAUAAGGAUCUAAAGGCAUAUUUCCUCCAGAAUCUUUGAUUAUGUUCUAAGGAGAAUACAAACUUACAGACGUCUCUUCUCUCACAGAGAGGGUAUG